CACUACGAGCCACUCUCAACUCUUUGCCCUUCUCGCUUCGCGCCCAGUAGUUCGGUCUUUGAAACUUUCGGGUCGCCCAUCCCAGCACUAUCCAUGGAGUAGAUAGUUUUGAGUAUCUAUUCUUUCUAUCGGCUCUAGACUCCUAGUAGGUGGGCUACUAUCUAACCGUUUAGAUACUAGGCGCUGAAGAAGGACAUGAUCCACUUCUCCUCUGGACGUCCAAAGGAUUCUCCCCCGGCUACACUUAAGGCUUUUUAGGGCCGUUUCACUCCUCGAAGACAGUUGUACAAAAGGUACUUUUUUAAACAGUGAGCGUAUCGCCCAUGUCCGAACAGCGCCAGUGGCAUCUUAUCAUUCCGGCGCACAUACUCAAAAAAGAACAUCGCGGGACGGGUAAUCAUUAGAUGACUAAAAUUCGAUGGGGAUGGUUAUGGCCUGACAGAGGUGGCCACGAAUUGCUGAUCCGGCCGAAACUUAACCUGCUGAAUUCAAUUCUAGGCCUUGAUGCAGUUGUAACUUCUGCUUCAAAUCCGAAUUACUGAAGGACAAUGGGUGAAACUCGUCCCAACGGAGAACCACCGAUCGCUGGACCGUUCCACCAGUCCCAGAAGGGAGACUGCACAGUUUCCGUCGAGCAUCAAAACGGUCCUAUUGAAUUGAAGUGUGUUCUGCUCGUCUCUAGGCCCGGUAAUGCGGCACUCGAGGCUUGAGUUGGGCCUUAGGUUCUACUAGUUCGAGCAAAUCUUUUCCUAGUGUCCAGCAACCCCUGGAUGGGCGCAGCCGGCACCGCAGCAUCACGAUAACC